AAUGAUGUGGUUGAAGAUUACGGCUAUCCGUUCAAAAUAUAUAAUGUUGAGACAGAAGACGGGUAUAUUCUGCAACUACACAAUAUACCUUUUGGACGAAACGUUUUAAAAGGUAGUCCGAAAAAUAAUAAACCAGUCGUUUUGGUCAUGCAUGGCAAUUUAGGAUCUUCAGCAGACUGGGUUGUAACUGGUCCCAGUAAUGGUUUAGCUUUUCUUUUGGCUGAUAGCGGCUACGAUGUGUGGCUCGGAAAUAAUCGCGGAAAUACUUAUUCUAAAAAUCACACAAUAUUUCUGGAAACAAGUUACGGAUUUUGGGAUUUUAGUUGGCAUGAAAUGGGAAUUUAUGAUUUGCCAGCAAUGAUAGAUUUCGUCUUGCAAAUUACUGGCCAGAAGCAACUCUUUUACAUAGGCUAUUCUCAAGGAGGAACUCAGUUUUUCGUCAUGAAUUCAAUGAAACCUGAAUACAAUGACAAAAUUCGUUUAGGCGUGACAUUUGCCCCAGCAGUAUUCCUUGGAAACACAAAAGGA